CGAAGCGCAGCACGAGAUCUCCGAAGCGUCUCAGGAGAUUAAGGCACCCAGCAGCAACUGCGUGAGGCCUCAAAGAACAGCGCCUUCGAGGUGACCCUAAAGGCGAUGCUCAAGGCGACGCGGAAGAAGCGCAGCAUCACGAGGUGGAGAGCACUGGAAACGUUCUUCGAGGGUUAUGUACGGCAGCUCGAGAAAAAGAGCCGCGAGAGGGACUAGGCGGGUUUCUACAGGCACCUCUCGAUGAUCAACAUCGAAGGUAAGAGGUCGUUCACCUCUCAGAACGUCAAGGACGAGGACAGCAAGGUCCUUCGGGACCUCACGUUUAUUCGCCAACGGUGGACACGGUGGUUCCACAAGCUUCUCAACACCAAGUCGCCGACCAUCGACCUGCAUGCGGCUGACAAGGUCAAGCGGUGGCCCACGUGCGUGCCACUCGACGACAUCCCAUCUCUACUUGAGGUUGAGGAAGCGGUACGGGAAAUGGCCAACAGAAAGGCCGUCGGGCCGGACGACCUACCGGCUGAGCUGAUCAAGCUUUUCCUGGACGGAGAUCAAGGUCUCCUUCGCGAAUUCCACGCCGUUGUAGUGGACGUGUGGCAGACUCGGGACGUACCACAGCAGUGGAAGGAUGCCACCAUCAAGGUGCUGUUUAAGAAGGGGGACACGAUGGAGUGCGGCAACUACCGGGGCAUCUCUCUCGUCGCACACGCCGGCAAGAGCGGUUUCCGCCCACACCGGUCGACGUUCGACAUGCUGUUCGCCAUCCAGCGGCUCCAUGAGCUCGCGAGGAAGAAGAGUACUGCGGUGUUCGCGUGCUUCGUCGACCUCACCAAGGCAUACGAUUCGGUGGACCGAGACCUACUGUGGGACGUGCUCCGACGCUUCGGCGUGCCCCCGAAGAUGCUGGCGGUCAUUCGCCACUUCCACGAGGGCAUGAGGGCGCGCGUCCGAACGGACGACGGGCAGUGCUCGGAAUGGUUCGGCGUGGGCCAAGGCCUCCGACAGGGAUGCAACCUGACUCCGCUGCUGUUCAACUUGUUCUUUGCCGCGAUGCUCAUGGUCUCCGUGGCCGAGUUCGACAAGGACCCCAAGGUGACGGAGGACAUGGUCAAGAUCGGGACACAAGUGGAGUACACGGGCAAGCAGGGCAGGUCGGCGGUGAAGAAGACGACGGUGGUGACCGACGCGGAGGCCUUGUGGGCCAUGCUCUACGCUGACGACGCGGCUAUCGUCUCGCGCUCGCCGGAGAGUCUCGAGAAGAUGAUGUCGGUCAUCGUGCGCGUGGCCGGCCUGUUCGGACUGAUGACAGAUCGGUUUGUGUACCUCGGACGUACCAUCUCCGCGGACGGGAAGGCCGACCGGGAGAUCACGAGCCGCAGCUGCCGCGCGUGGAAGUGCUACCGCCGGAACAGUGCUUCGAUAUACGACAGGUUACGGGCCAACCGCCAGCUCAAGAUCCGGCUAGUCCAGACUGAAGUGGUGGAGACUCUCCUGUAUUGGUGUGCCUCGUGGAGCCUUUUAGCGGAGCACUACACGAAGCUCAAUGGGACCCACCGCCAGUUCCUCACACGGUGCAUCGGCUGGAGCAAGCGGAAACGCUCAGACCGCCCCCUGUCCUAUGCCCAGGCCCUCAUCCAGGCAGGCUGCGAGGAAACCAUCGAGGCCACCGUGCGCAAACGGAGACUGUGUNAGUACGGCCAUCUCAGGACCGAAGAGAAAGAGAGCCGGGGAAGCGGCGGUGGGGGGAAAGAAACGGCGACCGGGUACUGCUGUAGAAGCGAGUAG